AUGGCCUCGACGUGCCACGUCGAGGCUUCCAGCGGCUCGCACGUCUUCAAAAUCGCAGGCUACUCGCUGACCCAUGGCAUGGGCGUCGGCCGCUGCCCUUCAGUCCAGUCAAGCGCGUUCACCGUCGCGGGUCACGACUGGGCCGUCGUGUUCUACCCGGACGGCCACGGCGUCAACGGGAACGCCGAACACGUCUCGGUGUUCGUCACGCUUCUGAGAGACACGACGGCAAGCCCGGAGGACAAGGACGGCGGCGCCGUCCGCGCACACAUCGACUUGGGCCUGGUCGACCAGCCGCGCAGUCCGCCGGUGAUCAAGGAGUCGCGGCUCUCCUACGGUCCUACCAGCUUCGUGUCCCAGGGCGACUCCGCGGGCUACGCCAGGUUCAUGUCCAAGGUGGAGGUGGGCUCGUCGGGGCUCGUCCACGGCGACUGCCUCGCCGUGCGCCGCAUGGUGCGCGUGAGGGAGGGCGACGUGGCCGGGACCAUCGCCGCCGUGCCGCAUGCCAGCGUGCUGACCAGCGCGUACCGGCACUUGACCACGAAGACGUGGCCGGCGCUGCGGCAGCGGUUCGGCACGCCGGAGGGGCUCGCCUUUCUGCUGGAGCUCUUGCUCAACUGCUCAAGUGCCUGA